UGCUGUCCGAGAGUUCCUCAGUCUCCAGAAAGCAGCUGAAGGCUUCCAGAACCAUGCCACUGCCCCAGAUCCUGUGAACCUUUGGACAGGAGCUCGCUACUGGGUUGUGCAGGGUCCUGGACACCGAUACCACAGGAGCUUUGAGGAGGAGGAUAAGGCCUUACAAUCCUGGGAUACAAGAGAUGUAUGCAGCUUUAAGGACUUUUAGAGAGCCACUGGGAGAAUAAGGAAUCACGGAAGGCACCAAGGACUGGUGGACCCCAACUGAAAACAAAGGUCAGAAGACACCUGGGUGAAGCAUUGGAUUUACCAGUCUGUGGAGGUGGAGAAAGAGAAGGGUAAACAGAAGAAAGAAACUAACAAAAAUUAAGUGAGGUGAGAACAGAAGCAACCAUGAGAGACAUAACAUGGUGCAUGGGCAUCAUGCUCUGCCUCUCCAUCUGCUUGUUUGGCAAGAGCCACUCAGGAAAUGCAAUCAUGCAAUCUCGACAACGGCGAGCACCUGCCGAUGACUCAAAGAAGUGCUCUUACACUUUCCUGAUGCCCCAGCAGAGGAUCACAGGUCCAAUCUGUGCCUCUGCCACCGGGCCCGAGCCAGACAAAGACCGGGUGACACGUAUGGAUAUUGCUGAUGUCCGGGAGGUCCUUUCCAAACAGCGGCGGGAGAUCGAGAUGCUGCAACUAGUGGCGGAUGUGGACGGGAACUUGGUAAAUGAGAUGAAGCUUCUGCGCAAAGAGUCUCGUAACAUGAAUUCCCGAGUGACACAGCUCUACAUGCAGUUGCUUCACGAAAUUAUCCGCAAGAGGGACAACUCCCUGGAACUGGCACAACUGGAAAACCGUGUACUGAACGUCACCUCGGAGAUGCUCCGACUGGCCUCCCGUUACAAAGAGCUGGAGCUACGUUUCGCAGGUCUUGCUGCCACAGUUAACAACCAAUCUGUGCUCAUUGCCGCCCUGGAGGAUCGUUGUCUUCGUGGAUAUGGGCGUCAAGAUUUGCCUGCAGUUCCACCGCUGGUGCAGGUGGUGCCAGAGAGCAUUCCAGCAAACAACAAUCGCUUCACCAAUGAGAUUCAGAGAGACCACAACAACAGAGCCUUUCCUAGAGGAUCACGAAUGGAUGCCCCAACACCCGACCCACUGGGAAUCCCACCACCCCCUCAGGGCACCCUUACCUCAGAUGGCCCAUUCAGAGACUGUUUCCAGGUGCGGCAGGCGGGACACAGCACCAGUGGGAUGUAUCUGUUGAAGACAGAGGGCAGUGAUAGACUGAUUCAGGCCUGGUGCGAACAUAAAUUAGACAACGGAGGCUGGACCGUUUUUCAGCGAAGGAAAGAUGGCUCUGUCAACUUCUUCAGGAACUGGGAGAACUAUAAGAAAGGCUUUGGGAACAUAGAUGGAGAGCACUGGCUGGGCUUGGAGAACAUCUAUAAUCUAGCCAAGCAGGGGGACUACAAAUUGCUGGUGGAGCUGGAGGACUGGGUUGGAAAGAAAGUGUAUGCAGAGUACAGCAGCUUCCAUCUGGAGUCUGAGAGUGAGGCCUUCAGGCUGAGACUGGGCACCUAUCAGGGCAAUGCUGGAGACUCCCUCACAAGCCACAAUGGAAAACCCUUCACAACGCUUGACCGGGAUAAAGACGCCUUUACAGGCAACUGCGCUCAUUUCCACAAAGGAGGCUGGUGGUACAACGCGUGUGGUCAAACGAAUCUGAACGGCGUGUGGUACUCCGGCGGUGUGUAUCGCAGCAAGUUCCAGGAUGGGAUCUUCUGGGCGGAGUAUGGAGGCGGGUUCUACUCGCUCAAAUCAGUCCGUAUGAUGAUCCGGCCAAUAGACUGAGGUUCACCUCAGGACCUCACCCGCUUACCAAACCCGAUUGAAUCUAAAUUGCUUGAAUGUACUCAUAAAUUCACUUCAGCACUUAUUUAUAAUCACACAUUCAUGUUUAUGAGGACUGACAUGUAUAACACAGUAUAGUCGUCAUUGGUACAGCACCGAUAAAAAUCCUGAAAAGGAGGAGUGGAAGGAUAUGCGUUUCUCCAGACUUGUACACAAAUGUCCUUUGGUCCAACCAAAUGCAGAGAAGACGACCUAGUAAGAACUAGAAGUUGGACCACAACACGGUCAACUUCAGCAUCUCCUGCUCUUCUCCAACUCAUUUUUCCUCACUGCUGUCCAUUCCUUCAGACUCUUCCUCACUGCCUGGGGACUGAUGCCAUCAAAUCCUCAAUCACUGGUUUUUAGUCAAAGAUCUUCGCAACUAACCAGAUUUUGGCCUCUGGCUUUGGAGGUGUGUCUUUAACAAUAAGGACUGGCACUGGGCUGAACUGUUCGCCAGGCCCCAUCUGCAUUCAGGUGUAAUGUUGGUCUGUAAAUAUACUUUAUGUUUUAUAUUUGUUCAUUUUUGUAAGAGUUAAUUUAAGGACUCACCUCCGAUCCGCAGUAAUCAUUUGUUAUUUAUAUAUCAGUGAUCUGUAUUUAUGACAGUUAUAAUCCUCCAAUCAUCUAUUAUGAUGUACCAUUGUGCUUUUGACAAACGUUUGUAUACUUUUACCAACAGAGAGAGAACAUUACAUUUGACUCCAGGGUUGUAAUAACCAUGGGUACUGAAAGGGACAUGUCCCCCAACAUCUAUCUUAGAGGUCAAUAAGUAUGCAUUUUUCAUAACUAAAUCUUAAAUUCAGUGUUAUUUUUUUAUAAUAUGACAUUUUCAAUUGAAACAAGAUAUUCAGAAAAAAAUGCAGGGGUGAACUAGAUUUCAUUUACUGGGAGCUGAGUGGAUGUUAAAUAUCAUAAUAGAGCCAAACCAAAUGCUAAUUUGUUAAAAUGGUUGUUAAGAUUAUUGAAUACCCUGUGCAGCCUAAAUGAUGUCAGAGAUAUAGCUGUUUCAGAGCAAAAUAAGCAAAUCAUUACAUUUUAAAUUAAAGAUUCAGAAUUUAGAAAUUGUCUAAAUGAAUGAAUGAAUUUGAAUGUGAAGUUAAUUGGUUGUACCAAACAGAAAGCGAACUGGAAUUAAAGUGGAUUUUUUUUUAUUAUUAUUAAUUAAUUAGAAAUAAGUAUAAAUAUUGGUCUGUAAGGCCUAUAAAUACCAGAGAAGGCCAAUAUACUUUUCUUUUUUUUUUUUUUAAUAACUUUUAGAAUUUUUUUUUUCUUUUGAAUAAUUAUGAAAAUAAAAGGGGUCAGUUUUGAUUUUUCUUGUGGUCAUUCGAUCUUCAAUAUUUGAUUAAACCAUUGGUCACAAACACAUGGAAAACCAGAAACAAACAAACAAAAAAAACUUUGAACUGUUGAGUUUAUGCUAGACUUCCCUCAUAAACAUAGGCAUAUACAGACACAAACACACUCUUCUCUGUAGUCUCUGAUGGACUACGAACUAGGAUUUUGUGUAAAUGAUCUCUGAAUUCACUCUUAACACUGCUCCAACACUGAAAUAAAACAGCGUCCAAAAGUCUGAGUGAAA